AUGGCUCCUAUGGAAAUAACAACCCAGAAUGUGGUUACUCGAGUGGCCAACCUCCCCCUGGUCAGCUCCACCUAUGACAUGGUGUCCAACGUGUACUGCAACACCAAAGACAACCAUCCAUACAUCAAGUCCAUAUUCGAUGCUGCAGAGAUGGGGGUGAAAUCACUCACUUCAGUUGCCCUGACCAGUGCUUUACCAAUCAUUGGCAAGCUGGAACCUCAGAUCUCUCUGGCUAAUGACCUUGCCUGUAAGGGUCUUGACAAGAUUGAGAAGACACUGCCACUUCUUCAUCAGCCUUCUGAACAGCUUGUCGCCAGUGCUAAAGAAGUAGUGACUGGUGCCAAAGAAGCAGUAUCUGAAACUAUGAAUGGGGCCAAGGACACUGUGUCUCUUACCCUGAGUGGAGUGGUGGGCAGAACCAGGGGAGCAGUGCAGGAGAGCGUUGUGAAAACGAGACUGGUGGUCAGUGGUGGUGUCUACACGGUCAUGGAGAGCCGAGUGGGCAAGCUGGUGAGCAGCGGCAUGGAUACUGCUCUGAGCACUUCUGAAAGCUUGGUAGAGCGCUACUUGCCUGAAACUGAGGCUAAGCAAGAAUGUGAGACAAAUUCAACCAUAGGAUUUGAUAGUGACACAGAUGAACCCAGCUACUAUGUGCGACUGGGUUCUCUCUCUACCAAGCUGCGACAGAGGGCAUACCAGAAAGCUGUCACCAAGGUUCAUGAUGCCAAGAAACGCAGCCAAGAGUCCAUCUCCCAGCUGAACCAUGCCAUGGACAUGAUUGAAUACACAAAAAAGAACAUUGAUGGUGCCAACCAGAAGAUGCAUGACAAACUGAGCACACUGAUGGAUUGGAGGUCUAGAUCUCCGAGUACCAUGGAGAGUGACAGUGACCCAGACAGUGAGGCAGAGCAAAUUGAAUCACGUACCUUGGCCAUCACCCGCAACCUGACCCAGCAGCUACAGACCACUUGUCUGACAUUUGUGUCCAGCCUCCAGGGGCUUCCACAGAACAUCCAAGAGCAGGCCGUCUCCAUCAGUCACUUGGCCAUGGAGGUCUAUACCAGAUUCAGUAAAACUGCAGCUCUGGGUGACAUGUCCGAUACAGUCCUCACCACUACUCGAGUUCAGCUGAACCGGAUGAGAGAUUCCAUUGACAACAUCUUGGAUUACUUGGUCAACAACACGCCACUUAACUGGCUGGUAGGUCCAUUUUACCCCCGCAUGGAGCAAAGCGCAAGUUCCAACACACAGUCAAAAAAAGCAAGGGAUACCAAGUCCCAAUAGAUGCAGCAGCUUGAUAAGGAACAUCAGUUCACUAACUCUGAGGCUUUCAUAAUGCUUUCUGACUUUCAGCUAAGCCCAUGUUAUCUUGUGGAGAUGAUUCUAAUUUGCAUUCCUUAACACCACAUCCUGCUAAUGUCCAUCUUUUUCAUCCUUUACAUAAAUGGUAGUUUGCCACAUUUGCACGAUGUUCUCGAUUAACUCUAGUUUACAACAGACACACCACAGAUAAAGAAUUUAACAAUGUAUUUUGAUGUGAUUGUGUAAUCACAAUGUUGUGGUAACCACAAAAAGCUUUCUUAUGUAAUGCAUUCCUUUGUUAUGGUAUUUCUACAUUUCUAAUAAACCCAUUAACAUAACA